UGGCAGCAUUGUACUACGCUGAGUUAAUUUUUUCUUUAACGAUUUGAAAUUAUUUCAUCGUUUGAUGUUCGAGCAGUUCACCAAAGUCUGAACGCAUCUUGACAAAAGACUGUCGAACUUCGUUAAACAGUGUAACAGUUCUUGUAGUAUCGUGGUACGUAGUGUGUGGUGCUCGUCAUAUACGAAGAAUGACCCAUGGCUGUGAGCUGUAGUGCUAAGUGUUUGUCAGAAUGUAUUAGUUCAGUUAAACAGUAUAACGUCUGUUAUAUAGACGUGUUGGAGUGUGAUUUGUAAUAUAUCGGCAUGCCUGGAAGUCGCUCGAGUACGGAUCCGGACCACAAGUCUUCGCCACGGGAAAGCGGUGAAGAUUCCGAAGAUGAGAGCGAAAUAUUGGAAGAAAGUCCGUGUGGAAGAUGGUUGAAAAGAAGAGAAGAGAUUUACACGUAUGGUAGACCAAAACACACCAUGAGGAACGGAACUAAAAAGGUGGACCAGCGUGAUGUUCCGGGCAUCGACUGUGCUUAUUUGGCGAUGGACACAGAGGAGGGAGUGGAGGUCGUGUGGAAUGAAGUGCAGUUCUCUGAGCGGAAAAACUUCAAAGCCACAGAGGACAAGUUUCAGCAGGUUUUUGAGAAUCUGACUCAGCUAGAGCAUCCCAACAUUGUAAAAUUCCAUCGGUACUGGACCGACACACACAACGACAAGCCACGGGUAAUUUUCAUCACAGAAUACAUGUCUUCGGGUUCACUGAAGCAGUUCCUAAAGCGCACCAAGAGAAAUGUUAAGAAGUUGCCACUUCAGGCUUGGAAGCGUUGGUGUACACAAAUUCUUUCUGCAUUGAGUUACAUGCAUUCCUGUUCUCCACCCAUCAUCCAUGGGAAUCUCACCUGUGAUACCAUAUUUAUUCAGCACAAUGGCCUCGUGAAAAUAGGAUCAGUGGCUCCUGAUGCUAUUAAUCACCAUGUAAAGACGUACCAGGACAACAUGCGAAAUAUGCAUUUCAUUGCUCCAGAAUAUGGAAGCACUUUGUCUCCCUCGAUUGAUGUGUACUCAUUUGGAAUGUGUGCACUGGAGAUGGCAGCACUGGAAAUCCAAGGAAAUGGUGACUCUGGUAGUCUGGUAACAGAUGACCACAUAGAUAGGACAAUAGAUUCUUUGGAUGACCCACAGCAGAGGGAUUUUAUUCGUCAGUGCCUGAAAAAGGAUCCGCAAGAACGUCCAAAUGCACGGGAACUUCUUUUUCACCCUCUUCUGUUCGAAGUCCAUUCUCUGAAGCUUCUGGCUGCCCAUACGUUGGUUAACACUACAGGCAGCAUUUCAGAAACUAUAACAGAUGAGGUCACACAGAGGCUUUUUGGUCCUGAUGUGGUUGUGGCGGAGAUCGUUCAUCCUGGAGGUUCAUGUGUUCAGAUGAGAAUGGCUGAUAUUCCUGUUGCAGAGAAGCUGGAAAAAUUCGUCGAAGAUGUUAAAUUCGGUAUUUAUCCAUUAACGGCAUACUCGCAACAGAAACCACCACCACCUCGACAGAGAGCCAUAUCACCUGAAAUGGCAGAUUCUGUGAAAUCUGUUACACCUGAGCCUGUAGAUGUGGAAACACGCAGGGUUGUAAACAUGAUGUGCAAUGUGAAGCCUAAAGAAGAGAGCUGCAGUGAACUACUGAUGACAAUUCUGCUGCGGAUGGACGACAAGAUGAACCGCCAACUUACGUGUUCCGUGACAGAAAUAGAUACGUCACUGCUCCUUGCACAAGAACUAGUUCACUUUGGAUUUAUCAAUGAAGCAGACCGAGAGAAGCUGGCUUCACUCAUUGAAGAGACUCUUCGCAACUGCUUCAACAGACAGUCUCCAAACCCAGGGCCCAGCGGUCUUGAGAAGCAAGCUCCAUUAUUCCCCCCACCAGCAACUGUGCGGAGUGGUGCUGUCCCUGUACAUUCGGGUAGUUAGUAGCGGUUUCCUCGCAGGUUGCAGAGCAGCCCGCGAUACUAAUGUUGUCCCAAAUAAAUGUGUCUAUUUUUUAAGCCAGCUUCGUGCAGUGAGCUAGUCAUCCAUUUCACUAAAAAGAAAAAAAGGAGGCAACCCACCCUUUCCCCAGACCUUGCUUCUUUUGUGUUCAAAUAGGAGCACAUUGUUGGCAGGCUAUGAUGAAUUCAAAUUGUAUUUUGUCAUUUAUUUUUACUUCAAAAUUAUAGGCAUACUUGUGUAUGCGUAAUAGAGCAAGUGACGAAUGUUUAUCUUCAGUCCAGAAAAGUUGGAUUGGUUCAUAGUAUUUAAAAUCAGUGGUAGCCUGUGCAUUGUGUACUUCCUGUUGAAAUAUACGUAAGUGAACCACAUUUGUAGGAUCUUCCUGAUAAAUUUUUGCAUUCCUGCUGUCAAUGAGAAGUGUGUGUUUUAAUUGUGUGUCUUUGUGUUUUAUUUUAAAAUGUUUUGUAUGCGUGUAUGGAUACCAUCGUGUCUAAAUAUGUGUAUUUGUUAGUAAUAGACAACAAAGAAGUGUCCAAAAUAUGUUUUAAAAUGUGAAAGGAACUGGAAAAGGAUCUUGGUUAAAUAUAUCAGAAAGAUGGAAAUAUUGUUAUGUUGGAUAAUUCAGUAGAUGAUUUAUGAUUUCAAAAAUGAAGUAAUGAAAUGAACAAUGAAGUGCAGGAUUUCAGUGUGUAAUUAUAAUGUAGCUCUGCUAUUCUACUCUUUUUUCAUUUGUUCAUUCAUUCAGUAAUAGAACCAAACAAUCCAUAUUAACCAACAGCUGCUUAUUAUAGGCAUGUCAAUUUGCACUUUUUAAUUAAAAAUGUGUGCUACGUAUGUUGCUUUAUAGCUUGUGUUUUUUUAAAAAAAAGAAGUAAAACAAUACUCAUGGUAGUUUAAUAAGAAUUUUGUGUGUAUAUAAUGGAGAAAUAUUUUGUUAUUUUUAUCAUGUAUAUGUUAGCCUCUUGAGACUGAUUGCUAUCUUAUUAGGAUUUAAAUGACACUGGAAGUAUCGAUACAUAGCAUAUAUACCUUAGUGAGUUAUGAUGGAGGCAAGGGGCCAAGCUAUAGUUAUAAAUGUGUAUUUCAAGGAGAACUGGGGGAAGGGAGGAAUGGGUAUGGGGUAACGGCUGUUGAAGACUUGGAAAAUGGAUAAAAGCGCAAGAAAUAUGCUCACCCCUAAUUUUGUGUUUAACAGAGUGUGAGUGACAAAAACUGAGGCAAGAAGAAAUAAUGAAAGCAUAUCUGUGUAGUAUCUUAAGACCUAUAAAAUAUAUUUUCUCUCUUUCCCCCGAGCUUGAAAUGUUUUUGCUCAAAUUCCAGUGCAGUGUUUUAGUGUUAAUUGCAAACUCAAAUGGUUUUUUGUCUUUGUAACAAACCAUUCUGGUGAAGAGAUUCUUUUCUGCUGCAAUUCUUUUCACAACCUACACACCAGUAAGGCUUUGGGAAAAGAACCUGUGCACUUCUAUCACUGACAGAAGAAUAAGACUUCAUAGCUCAAUAAAUACAAUGUAUUGUUAUUCCCUAGUCUAUUAAGAGAACAGAUUAAACUCCCAACACUGCUUUGUAUGGCUCAUAUUGAGCGUGAUUAAGACUGUGUUUUGACUGAAACAAUGCAAAUUUGAUGUGAAAGCAUUCAGAUGAUUGGUAGAAUGAUCGGUAAUAUUUUCAUUAAACAGGGCCUGUUAAACCUGUAAAAGUGCUUUCAUUUGGGCAUAUAGAAAUACGUGUUUAAUGAUGUAACAGAAAUUUCUGUACUAUAUGACCAGAUAAAACAGUUUCAGGUGAUAAAUGGUCAAUGGGAAAAGGAAAAUGUGAUUAAAUCAUUGUAAAUGCUUGUAUUGUGUGGUUACUGCAACCCCUUUGAAAUGUCAGUGGCUGUUUCUCCAGUUACGUUACUAAAAGAGCAUUCAGCCAUUCUAGUUCAUUAAAGAAGCAUACAUACAAUCUUA